AUGAGAAUUUCAGGAACCUUCUUCGAAGCUGAAGGAGUUGAUGGGGGUUUGCUUUCCGCCAUUAUAAGAGCGAAAUCAGGAUACGUGCAGGAAAGCAGCAGCGAGGUGACGGCGGCGGCAGCGCAGCGGCAGGAAAAAUAUAUGACGGCGAUCGACUGGCAGGCUUACUCUGACAGUUUUGUUGUUGACCCCAGGAUGCAGUCUCGGUGGUCCACCAGCAGGCUUCUCGAAAACAUGGAGAAGGAAUUUAGAGACGCACGAAGCGACGACCCAGCUGACGUCAGAGAUCGCGUUUCUACAACACCAUCCGUCAACAUCGAUGUUGAUAAAGUCGGUGUACGGAUUCCUCCGUUUUGGCCAGAGGAGCCGGAGAUAUGGUUCGCGAAUGUGGAGGGCCAGUUCCUGAUUUCCGGAAUUACCAGCGACACCACCAAAUUUUAUUAUGUGUUGGGACAGCUGGAGAACCGGUACUCCAGAGAGGUGAAAGAUAUCAUCGUGCGACCACCCGCAACUGGCAAGUACGAGAAGCUCAAGACCGAGCUCAUUAAGCGCCUCUCCGCUUCCAAUGAGAAGAAGAUUAAGCAGCUCUUGAUGCACGAGGAGCUAGGUGACCGCAAGCCUUCACAGUUCCUGCGACACCUGAAAAGCCUUGCUGGUGAUGACGUGCCCGACGACUUCAUUAAAAACAUCUGGACAAGCCGCCUACCGAGAAGCAUCCAGACAGUGCUAGCUGGUCAGGCAUCAUCUGCUGUACUCGACGACCUGGCGGACUUGGCUGAUAGGGUUAACGACAUCGCACCCUCUUCACCGGUGGUAGCUGCAGCGUCGACAAGCCAGACUCAGCAGACAGGGAUACCGGGAUCUGUGCUGAGUGACCUCACUUGCGAGAUCGCAGAGCUUCGCAGGCAGUUCCAGCAGUUGAGCGGUGGCAGCAGCAGACAAUCUCGGUCGCGCGGCAGGCGACAGAGUCGUAGCCGAUCCACUUCGAGAUCCCAGUCCAAUUACCGGAAAUUUCCGCUGUGCUGGUACCAUUGGAAGUACGGUGAGAAGGCGAGUAGAUGCAUCCGCCCGUGCGACUACAAGUCGGAAAAUGCCAGGGGCAGUCGCUAA